CUUGGUACAUCAUUGCAUGGCUCUAGUGGAACUUUUCAAGUCGAUCGGUUCUACUGACGUGACGUUGCCAACAGCCAUUCCAGUCAGGCCUGCUCUCGCAUGCACUAGGAUCACGUAUGCGACCUCGCACUUUUUCGCGCUGUUUCCCAAAUCUCCCCUUUCCGUUUUUGUUCUGUUCUCUUUUGGACGACCCCCUCACCGUCACAUCUCGGCUGUACGUAUGGCGCAAGAGGGUGCUUGUUUCCUCGCCGUUCCAAACGAAGCGCGCAUAUGUGCCCAAUGUCUUCUUGAUGGAUUGAAGGAUUAGCUCUCAAGUUCCAGGACAGCGACCUGUCGGAGAAAAAACAUUUACCUGUGUCACUGUCGGCACGAGCGCUCUAUGCUCCGAACGCCACGAAUGCGCCGCCGCCGUUCAGCCCUAUCAUAAAAGACGAGGCUGAUUGUCAUAUCCAUCGGACAGGCAUCUCAGAAUACAAAACUGCAAUGGAUCCAGCCAGAUACGACGAUUUCUUCACGCGGCUGUCAUCAAAGGAGACGUCGUGGACGCCUGCUCAGGAAUCGCUUUUGCUGGAGCCGUUCCAGUACAUCUCCUCUAAUCCCGGAAAAGAGGUCCGAAGCCAGCUCAUCGAGGCUUUCAAUCAGUGGCUCAGAGUGCCGGAAUACAAGCUGAACGUGAUCAAGCGCGUUGUGGGACUUCUACACAAUGCUAGCCUUUUGAUCGACGAUAUCGAGGAUGACUCCCAGCUUCGUAGGGGUAUGCCUGUCGCCCACAAGAUCUACGGGGUGCCUCAAACCAUCAACACCGCCAACUACGUUUAUUUCCUUGCGUAUCAGGAGCUCUCCGUGCUGCGUCCUCCCGUUCGCAGUCAUCUCCUUACGAGUGCUCGAUCUCUGGAGAUCGACUAUGAAGCAGACCCCUACGAGUAUACGAGAAGCACUCUGAAGGGCACUAGCCCGUUCGUGGAUCAUUUCAUACCUGAUUAUGAUCUGGAUCUUGUCGUCAAUGCGGAGCUUAUGUCUCUUCAUCGGGGGCAGGGCCUGGAUAUCCUCUGGCGAGACACACUCCGCUGCCCUGAAGAGGACGAGUACAUUGACAUGGUCAAGGAUAAGACGGGAGGUCUGCUUCGUAUCGCGAUCAAGCUGAUGAUGGCAUGCGCGACUUCCAAUUGCUCAGUCAACUUCGUUCCCCUGGUCGACCUGCUGGGCAUCUUCUUCCAGAUUCGGGACGACUACAUGAAUCUGCAGAGUAACCAGUACUCGGAGAACAAGGGCUUCGCAGAGGACCUCUCAGAGGGAAAGUUUUCAUUCCCGAUAGUCCACGGUAUACGGACAAAACCGAGCAACAGGCAAAUCCUUAACAUACUGCAGAAGCGACCCAAGUCCGCCACGCUCAAGCACCAUGUCAUCACGUAUCUGCAAGACACCACCAAUUCCUUCGACUAUACGCUCGCGGUAAUGCAGAAACUCGAGGACCAGGCGAGGGCGGAGAUCGCCAAACUGGGCGGAAACGAGAUGCUGGAGACGAUAAUAGACAAGUUACACGUUGACCACCCAGGAGAUCGGGAAGAAUGAAGGAUGAAGCGGGGUAAUGGAUGCGCGAUGAUCAUGAUGAACAAACGGACUAGUUGAACGUGUAGGAUUGUACUGAUACGCCAAGAGAACGUUGCCGUGAUAUGUUAAGACCGCUGGCGCUGAGAAAUGCGCCGCCACGGUGGUGGCCAGGUUAGCUGUCUUCGGAUGAUGAUGGCUGGUCCUCUUCCGAUUCGUCCCCCGAGCCGUCGUCCGAAGCAUUUUCGAAGAAAUCGUCCUCUGCGACCUCCUCCACCGCCUUCCUCGUCGCCGAAGGAGUGUUUUGCACGUGCUCCACGCGCCGAUCCUUUGCAGCGGAUCUUUGAAGUUUUGAAGCCUUGUUCGUGGAGUCGUCAUUGCGAAGGUCGACUUCUGGUUCUGCGCUCAGCUCCCCCGACUCCAUUCUCGCCUUCAUCUGCGACCGUAUCUCGGACCGUUCGAGUUCGUUUUCGUCGUUGGUUGGUGGCGGUGGAUCAUCAGAUGUUGAAUUCCGCGUUUCGGGAGGGAAUAAAGAGAUGUAUUUUUUCAUCUUAGGGAAGUGCAGUAUGUAGUUCAGAUCCACGCGUAGACUCGAUAGCCCCUUCUCCAGCUUCUUUUUCUCCUUCCCCUUCUCUCCGGCGGCUUCUAUGCUGCGCUUGGUCUGGUUUAUCUUGCGAAGCACCUUUUGACGUUCAAAGAAUUUGACCUUGUGAUACUUCAACGCGAAAGCGCGUUCUUUGCGCGUGGUCUCCGCCUGGGCCAAGUCGUUUUCGAGAGACUUGAGUCGGCGCUCGGUCUCUAUCCGGACAUCAGCGGCAAUAGUGUCCUUGGCAAGUAGCCGGCGCGUUUGACGGAGAGCGGACUUGAUCUUCUGGACGCCGGGAAGCGCAUCCGAGUCUGCGCUAU